GCUCUUACCACCGCCUCGUAUUGAAUUGCAUUUCGGGGGCAAAAUGUGGAAAACUUUAUUAAUUGCCUUGGUUUUAGCCACACAUAAUUGCAAUGCUGUACUCGAAACGGAUGCAAAUACUUUGGUUCUACUUGAUAAUCUAGCCAUACGCGAGACUCACUCGCUUUUCUUUAAAUCAUUGCAUGAUCGCGGCUUUAAAAUCACAUACAAGUUAGCCGAUGAUGCCGGCCUUUUGCUCUCCCGCUAUGGCGAAUAUCUGUACAAGAAUGUUAUCAUCUUUGCGCCCAGCGUCGUAGAGUUUGGCGGUGACGUCAGUGUGGAGCGCUUGUCACAGUUCGUCGACGAUGGCGGCAAUGUGUUAGUGGCUGGUAGCGAAAAAUCGGGCGAUGCCUUGCGUGAAUUUGCCUCCGAGUGUGGGUUUGAAUUGGACGAAGAGAAUGCAGCGGUGAUUGAUCAUUUGCACUACGAUGUGAGCGAUGCAGGAGCCCAUACCACCAUCUUGACCUCGGCACAGAACUUAAUUGAUGCGGCUACUAUUGUUGGAAAACAGAAUCGCAAUCAGGACGCUGCUCCUCUGCUAUAUCGUGGGACUGGACUCAUUGCAGACAAGGAGAAUCCGUUGGUGCUCAAAUUGCUUACGGCCGAGAGUAGCGCAUAUAGCUACAAUCCCGAUGCGACCACUGUCAGCGAGUACCCACAUGCAGUGGGCCGUGGCACGCUGCUAAUUGCCGCACUCCAGGCACGGAACAAUGCACGUGUGGUAUUUUCCGGUUCGUUGCACUUUUUCGCCGACGAGGCGUUCACUACGGCGGUUCAGUAUGCCCAAAGCGGCGUCUUUCACAAACAGUCUGGCAAUCGGGCCGUUGCUGAGGCUAUUAGCCAGUGGGUAUUCGGAGAAAGUGGACGUUUGCGUGUCGCAUCAGUGCAGCACAACAAGGAAGGCGAACGCAAUCCUCCUGAACAGGCAUACACCAUUACCGAUCCCGUUGUAUACACAAUUGGCAUUGAGGAGCUGGUGCAGGAUACGUGGCAACCAUUCAAGGCCAACGAUAUACAGCUAGAAUUUGUGCGAAUUGAUCCUUUUGUGCGUACAUUCCUUAAACAGAAAUCGAACGGCUUGUAUGAAGCCAAAUUCAAGAUUCCCGAUGUCUACGGCGUUUAUCAGUUCAAAGUGAACUAUGACCGCGUCGGCUACACGCAUCUCUACAGCACAACACAGGUCUCGGUCCGCCCAUUGGAACACACACAGUACGAACGCUUUAUUCCAAGCGCCUUCCCAUAUUAUACCAGCGCAUUUUCAAUGAUGAUUGGCGUGUUUGUGUUCUCCUUUGUAUUCCUGCACUUCAAGGAUGAGGCCACCAGCGCGGGCAAGCCAAAUAAAGACGAUAAGAAGACGCAAUAGAAUAUAAAAUUUUUUGUGUACACAACACAUCAUUUGAAAUAGCAUCAAUAAAGUCGUUUGAUAUAUCAAAUA